CCUCACACACACACAUACACACACACACAUCCAGCCCUCAGAACAGCAAGUCAAGCUCGUCUAGGCCAUGUACCCCAUGAUCCUCGCGAGCAACUAGUGGGAUAUGGCAUCCUGGUUUCCUCAAUCGCCAUACAUUUCAGCAGCCAUCUGAUUCCGCUUUCUACGUAUUCUCCGAUAUGCUCGGAGCCAGGUUGCUGGCCUCCUGGGCUCCAGGAGUUGCUGCGAGGCAAACAGCUCGAACUAAUGGAAGUAUCCUGGUCGAGGUGUGCGCGCAGCGCAAUGCCUCCCCGCCCGGGACAACUUUUGUUGAACCCAAAAGACAGUUUUCAGGACUAUCGAGCUCAUUACGCAAUUACUACGGACCCUCUCUACCUUCCGGAUCUCUACUCUCCCGUGGUUCACAGAACCCAGUUGAUCGGUCGCAAUUACCCAGAUUUAUGCGUUUUUUCUCCUCCUCGACGAGAUCACUAGAGGCCAAACCUACAGGUCAAUCGACCCCAUCGCAAACCAAUAAGGACACGACACAAGAUAAGGAUGAUGAGGAUCUGGAUAAGGGAUUUGAACUAUCGGAACGCGCAGCCCAGGCCGCUCAGGUUAAUCUCCGAGCAAAGUUGGCCAAAGAUGGCGCUUCAGGAAAGAACGCAGGCUUUAAGGAGAUCUGGCGAUUGCUAUCAAUUGCGCGCCCCGAAGCCAAGAAGCUUGGAUUCGCUUUCUUCUUCCUGCUCAUUUCGUCCGGUAUCACGAUGUCUAUUCCUUUCUCUAUCGGCAAGAUCAUGGACGCUGCCACCAAGUCCACCCAAUCCGCGGAGAAUACGGAGGAGGGCGCCCCGGAUCAGCUUUUCGGCUUAAGUGUACCUAUGUUCUAUGGUGCAUUGGCCGGAAUCAUGACCCUUGGUGCUGCCGCUAACUAUGGUCGCAUUGUGAUUCUUCGUAUUGUCGGUGAGCGCAUCGUUGCUCGACUCCGUUCGAAUUUGUUCCGAAAGACCUUCAUUCAGGACGCGGAAUUCUUCGAUGCGAACCGCGUUGGUGAUCUGAUCUCCCGUCUCGGCUCUGACACGAUUAUUGUUGGUAAAAGUAUCACUCAGAAUCUUUCCGACGGUUUACGAGCGACUGUCAGCGGUGUGGCUGGAUUCGGCCUCAUGGCUUAUGUCAGUCUCAAGCUGUCGAGUAUUCUGGCACUUUUGCUACCUCCAAUCGGCCUGGGAGCUUUCUUCUACGGAAGGGCGAUCAGAAACCUGAGCCGCAAGAUUCAGAGGAACCUCGGAACUUUGACUAAGAUUGCUGAAGAACGGUUGGGCAACGUGAAGACUAGCCAGUCCUUUGCUGGUGAGAUCCUGGAAGUCAACCGCUAUAACACUCAAGUUCGCAAGAUCUUUGAGCUCGGCAAGAAAGAAUCUCUGAUUAGCGCGACCUUUUUCAGUUCUACCGGAUUCAUGGGUAACAUGACGAUUCUCGCACUUCUCUAUGUUGGUGGAGGAAUGGUCAAAUCAGGCGCCAUUAGUAUUGGAGAGCUCACAUCUUUCCUGAUGUAUACCGCCUACGCUGGUUCCAGCAUGUUUGGUCUCUCCAGCUUCUAUUCCGAAUUGAUGAAAGGCGUCGGUGCGGCCAGUCGUCUGUUUGAGUUGCAGGACCGGGAGCCAACCAUAUCACCUACUAAGGGCAUCAAGGUUGAAUCUGCCCGCGGCCCUAUUCGCUUCGAGAAUGUAUCCUUCAGCUACCCCACCCGUCCUGCUGUCCCUAUCUUCCAAGAUCUCAACUUUGAGAUCCCUCAGGGCACGAAUGUCGCCAUUGUUGGGCCAUCAGGCGGAGGCAAGUCCACCAUUGCCUCUAUUCUGUUGAGGUUCUACAAUCCCACCGGCGGACGCGUUCUAGUCGGCGGCAAGGACAUCGGUCAGAUGAACGCGAAAUCUCUCCGUAGGAAGAUCGGUGUCGUCGCGCAGGAGCCUGUCCUGUUCUCAGGAACGAUUGCAGAAAACAUCUCCUAUGGAAGUCCCCAUGCAACUCGCUCAGAAAUCAUCGCGGCUGCCAGGAAAGCAAAUUGCCAGUUCAUCAGUGAUUUCCCGGAUGGCCUUGAUACUCAGGUCGGACCUCGCGGAGCGCAACUCUCCGGUGGACAGAAGCAACGCAUUGCCAUUGCUCGUGCUCUCAUUAAGGAACCCGAUAUUUUGAUCUUGGACGAGGCGACCUCUGCGCUUGAUGCGGAGUCCGAGACCCUUGUUAACAGUGCUCUUGCUGCCCUGCUCCGCGGCAACAACACGACUAUCAGUAUCGCCCAUCGACUAUCUACCAUCAAACGAUCCGACACAAUCAUCGUUCUUGCUCCGGAUGGCAAGGUUGCUGAGCAAGGCAGCUAUGAGGAGCUUAGUGCCAGGCCUGAUGGUGCUUUCACCAAGCUGAUGGAAUGGCAAUUGAGUGGUGGUGACGCAACUCCUCCUCGGGCGCCCGUCACUCCCGAGACCGAAGAGAAAUUGUGGCAGUUGGAAAACGACAAUGCGGAAGAUGAAGUCGAAGAGCUUCGAGAGGAGUCUUCUCAACAAAAGCAAUAGAAGGAGUUCGUGGACACCUUGAAGCAUUCUUCCGUUCUAUAUUAUAUGUUGAACGUUGAACGUUUUACAGCCGUGUAGACCACCAACAGGCUUAUUUUUCUUUGAAGGUGGCUCAUAUAUACUUGUUCUUAGAAGGGUGGGCGCUUGAUGAUGUAUCUAAUAUGGUUGGACUGUGAUUCUUCUUUUGGUAUGUUUGUGGAUGACUGGAUAGAG